AUUAUUUCUCUUUCUCAUUGAGAAAUAAAGGACAAGUAUUUGAACAGAACAAAGCCAAUGCUUUUUGUGAUUCAAUAGGAUAACAGUGGGUUUGGCAUAUAUAUUGUCUCAUCUUCAAAGAGAAAAUAUCCUCUUUUUCUUUUCUUUCUUUUCCCAGAAAAUAUCUGCCAAAAAAAUUAAAACCCAUCUCCAUUUUCAACCAAAGAUGGGAACUUUGGUAGUAUCAGUUACGUAAUUAUAAAUGCAUCAUACCAAAUGAUUCUUCUUUCACAGCUUUUUGCAUAAUAAUCACUUUUUGUUUUUAUCCGAUUCAUUAAAGGCAUCCACUGCUAUGCUAAGGCAUUUUAAGCAUGAGCAUUCUGUCUUAAUCUUUGUUUUUUGCUCACUUUAUCUCCUUAAGCAAGGACCUUUUUUCUGUUCAUGUCUGAGUUAAAGUACUAGUCUUGAAUUUAAGAGUGAGACUUGAAAAAAGUGAGAGAAGAUGGGUUGUGCUACUUCUAAGAAGGAUGAAGAAGAAGACAACGACGUCGUUUUGCUCUGUAAGGAGAGAAAACGUCUGCUGAAAAUGGCUGUAGAGAGCAGGUCUGAGCUUGCGGAAGCACAAUGCAAGUACAAUAAUUCGCUUUAUGCAGUAGCAGCCGCUAUAAGAUUGUUUGUUUCUCGGUAUUCUUCUCCAUCUUCACCACUUCUCAUUACCUUCCCCUCUACUACUACUAAUGCUACAAGUUCUGAGACCUUUGUUUCCAAAUCCAUGUUCCUUCAACAGACACCAUCCCAACCCACCUAUAAAACGAUUCCUUGUUUAUCUGAAUCUUCUAAGGUAGAUAGAGAAGAAAAAGAACAAGGAAGCCCAGAAGAAGAAGGAGAUGAUGAUGGUGAUGGUACUGAAUCUACUGAUACUGAUGAUGAUGAAGAAAGUGGAAGCCAAGAAAGUUUGGUCUGUGACCACUUUUACGGUGAAACGGCCCCACCAAUGCCCGAACCACAGAGAGCUUUUCAGUGGGAUUUCUUCAAUCCAUUUGAUGGGGUGAGAACUGAGGAAAUGGCAAAUGGGUUUGGUCAGAAUUUGGAUGAGGAUUUGAGAGCGGUGAGGGAGCAAGAGGGGAUACCAGAUUUGGAGGAGGUUGGUGAAAAAGUAACAAGUGUUGGAAAAACUGUGGAUGUGAAUAAUGGGGUUGUUUGUAACAAUGAAGCUGCUGGUGGUGAUGGUAAUGGUGGUGGAUGUGAGGCAGUGGCCAAAGGGGAAGAAUGUUUAGUGAGCCAGGAAGAGCAAAAGUGUUUGAGAGUGAUUGACACACCCAAUGACGGGAGAGAUUUGUUGGAGGCAUUGAAGGAUGUUGUGGACCUUUUCAUUAGGGCCUAUGAUUCUGGUUUGGAUGUUUCUAGGAUGCUAGAGACCAAUAUGGUUCAAGUUCAAUCUGCCUUAGAGGAAAUUAAAGAGAACUCGAAUAAGCUCAUUCGAUCUAUUACACGAAGCCGAUCAACCUCAUCCACCUUAUCUUGGUCUCCUUCAUGUAAGAGUAUGCUUACAUCUAGCUCCAAAAGUUCUUCAACAUGGACAGAAUUUAAGAGUGAAAUGUUUGACGAGUAUGGAGGAAUGGAAGCUGGGAGUCACUCUCUGACACUAGGAAGGUUAUAUGCUUGGGAGAAGAAACUCUACCAGGAAGUGAAGUCUUCUGAGGAAAUGAGGAAAAGUUACGAGCAAAAGUGCUCUCAAUUAAGAAAUCAAAUUGCGAAAGGAGAUGACGGCCUCAGGCAUGAUGACAAAACUGCAGCUGAAGUUGAUUCUUUAUAUUCUCAGAUCUGUGUUGCCGUAAGUAGAGCUGAAUCAAUAUCUGAAACAAUUCACAAGCUACGGGAUCAAGAGUUACAGCCACAACUCGUUGAGCUGCUACAAGGCUUAACAAGGAACUGGAAGACAAUGCAGGAAAUGCAUGACACCCAAAACCGAAUCAUGUAUGAAGUAAAAUCAUUUCACUGUCCAUCCUAUGGAAAAUUUAGCAAUGACUCGCACCGUCUUGCCACUCUUCAGCUAGAUGCAGAACUCCAAAAUUGGCAUACUUGCUUUGCUACAUAUGUUUCUUCACAGAAAGCAUAUGUUGAAGCACUUAAUGGUUGGUUAUCCAAGUUCAUUACACCUGAAACUCAACUGUACUCCAACGGCAGGCCCUUACUUUCAAUUAGUAGAAUCAAUGUGCCGCCAUUAAUUGUAAUGUGUCAUGACUGGUUGGAUUACCUGAAUAAGCUGCCAGAUAAGGGAGUGACUUAUGCCAUGAAAGGCUUUCGAAAGGAUGUCCAAGCUUUGUUGGUUAAACAAGGAGAGGAGCAGCAGCGAAAGAGGAAAGUUGAGGGGCUUGCCAAAGAACUUGACAGAAAAGUUCUGGCGUUCCAAAAGGCAGAGAAAAGAGUGCUUGAGUCGAAGCUUUCAGAGCAGGAGGCAGAGAUGCAUGUUAGGAGUAGGAUUGAGUACUUAACCGAGAAGAAGGAACAGUUGGAUAUGUUUCAAAAGAGAAUAGACACGGAGAAGGUGAAGCAUCAAACUAACAUGCACGAGACACAAAGAACAGCUGUGAAUGGAUUUCAGACUGGAUUUUCUUCACUUUUUGAGUCCUUAGCUGAGUUCUCACAGGCUGCAGUAAAAAUGUACGUUGAGCUUGUGACAUUCAGCGAAAGUUCGAUGGCAAAGGAAAAUGGUAGUAAUGCUUCACUAAAAGAAUGAACUUUAGCAUUUCAUUUUUAGCCAGUGGAUAUAUAAACUUGAAAAGAGUUUUGACUUUUGAAUUGUAAAGUUGUUUUAGCUAAGUUCUUGGA